AUGGAAAGAUAUGUAGGUUCUUUUUUUACGAAGUCAAGUAGUGGUAGUACUAAACGUGCUCGAUCCGAAUCUGCAUCUGUUGAUUUAUUUCAAGAUAAACAAAAUGAGUGUGCUACUCCCUCGAGUCAGAACAAACCAACAGUAGAAGGUCCACCGGAUUUGUAUGUUCCUGAUCCGGGUAAAAGACUUCCUAUUAUGAGAUUUGCGAAGAGUGCUCAAGAAAGGGAAAUGAUUCGAAGAAUUUAUCUAACGAAUGGUCCUUGUCAACAAAAACUGGACAACUUUCCUCAAUCCUUAAUUGGGCGUAAAAUGCGUAGAUUUAAUCCUCAAUGGUACAAUGAGUUUGGCACUUGGUUGAAGUAUAGUGAAUCAAAAGAUGCUGUAUUUUGCUUGCAUUGUUAUCUAUUUAAAUGUGAGCAUGGUGAUGGAAGGGGUGGUCAUGAUUCAUUUGCAGGAGAAGGAUUUAGCAAUUGGAAGGAAAAACAACGGCUUUUUAAACAUAUUGGGAAAGUUAGAAGCAUUCAUAAGUUGUGCUUCAGUGCUGCCAAAGAUUUGAUGAAUCAAAAUCAACAUAUUGACAUUGUUGUGUCUGGCAUUUCUGACAAAGCCAAACAGGAUUAUCGUAUUCGUCUGAAUGGUUCUAUUCGAUGUAUUCGAUAUCUCAUACGACAAGGUUUGACUUUCCGGGGACAUAAUGAGACAGAUGCUUCAAUGAAUCAGGGAAAUUUUGUGGAGCUUGUAAAAUUCCUUUGCGAAAGCAAUGGGGAGGUAAAUAAUGUAUCUUUGAAUAAUGCCCCAGAUAAUCUCAAAAUGAUAGCUCCCUCAAUUCAGAAAGAUAUUACUAGUGUUGCUGCUAGUUUAGUUACCAGAGCUAUUAUUUCAGAUAUUGGGGAUAAUUUCUUCUCUAUACUAGUUGAUGAAGCUCGUGAUAUAUCAAUUAAAGAACAGAUGGCCAUUGUUUUAAGAUAUGUGAACUACAACGGUGACAUUAUUGAGCGUCUUCUUGGUCUUGUUCAUGUUUCAGAUACUACAGCUAGUUCACUUAAAGAAAAGAUUGAGAUAAUUUUUGCCAAAAAUGGCUUGAGCUUGACAAAGAUUCGUGGUCAAGGUUAUGAUGGCGCAAGCAAUAUGAGUGGUCAAUUCAGUGGUCUGAAAAGCUUGAUUUUAGUUGAAAAUAAUUCUGCUUACUAUGUUCACUGCUUUGCACAUCAACUUCAGUUAGCUCUAGUAGCUUGUGCUAAAAAGGUUUACGCUUUGACUGAUUUCUUUAAUUUUAUACCGUUGUUGUGUAAUGCAGUUGGUGCUUCUUGCAAAAGAGCAGAUAUUUUGAGAGAAAAGCAAUUUGAUGAGCUAGUAAAAAGUAUUGCAAGCAAUGAUGUUCAAUCAGGGAGAGGCUUGAAUCAAGAAAUGAGUUUGUCACGACCAGGGGACACACGUUGGAGCUCACAUUACCGAUCAUUGGUAAGUCUGUGUACAUUGUUUGAUCCUGUGCUUGAUGUGCUAGAAAUUAUAAAAGAUGAUACAACUCUUAUGCAUGCAAAAAGGUCUGAAGCCUCUGGCCUUAUGAUGCGUAUGCAAACUUUUGAAUUUGUAUUACUUUUGAACCUGAUGAUCAAGGUCUUGGCAAUAACGAAUGAGUUGUCACAAGCACUUCAAAGAAAAGAUCAAGAUAUUGUAAAUGCUAUGACUCUUGUAAAAGUUUCAAAGGUGUUAUUACAGAAGAUGAGGGAUAAUGGGUGGGAUAAUCUAUUUAAGAAGACUUCUGAUUUUUGUAUAAAACAUGAUAUAGAUAUCCCUGAUAUGGAAAGUGUACUUGCAUUACAAGGCAGAACAAAACGUAGAGGACUAGUUACUCAUCUGCAUCACUUUAAGGUUGACAUAUUUUAUGCAGUGAUAGAUACUCAACUUCAAGAGUUGAAUGAUCGUUUUAGGGAAGUUAGUUCAAAUUUGCUGGAAUGCAUGGCAUGUUUAAACCCGUGCAACUCUUUCUCGGCAUUUGACAAAAAUAAGUUGUGUGAAUUUGCUGGCUGUUAUCCUUCGGAUUUUGAUUUGAAUGAUUUUGUCAUGCUUGAAUAUCAGCUCGACACGUAUAUUUUUGAUAUGCAAAGUGAUCCUGAUUUUUUGAAUUUGCAAGGAAUAGCUGAUCUUGCCAAGAGGAUGGUUGAAAAGAAAAAACAUAUUGUGUAUCCUUUGGUUUAUUUACUUGUAAAGUUAGCAUUGACUUUGCCCGUAGCAACUGCAUAUGUGGAAAGAGCAUUUUCAGCUAUGAAAUACAUCAAGACUGCACUUCGUAAUCGGAUUGGAGAUGAAUGGUUGAAUGAUUGUUUAGUGCCAUAUAUUGAAAAAGAUGUAUUUGAUAGCAUUGGUAAUGAGGCAAUUAUGAAGGAAUUCCAAAAAAUAAGGCCUAGAAGAAUGACAUUGUAA